CAAUGAGGAGAAGACAAAGAAUCCAACUAUGCAACUUUCCAAAAGACACAUAGCUGUCCUAAAAUAAUUAUUGAAUGCAUUAUUGUUUCUCCCAACUCCAAUCUUAACACUCUUAUGUCCUCAACAAACAUCAAAUAUCAGUUUCCUACAUUGAGCAUCAUCAGUUCAAUUUCUAACCACAAAUCCAUCUGUUUAUAAUGGCAGAUACUGUGAUUUCCUUUGUCCUUGAUAACUUGUCCCAAUUGCUAGCACGCGAAGCCAGUCUGCUCUGUGGUGUGGAUGACAGGGUUAAAUCCCUUCAAAGUGUGCUCAACAUGAUGAACGAGCAUCUCCAAACCUCUGAAGGAAAAACCAAGAAAGGAAUAGAGAAAGAAGUUCUUCGCCAGAUCAGAGAUGUUGCACAUGAAGCUGAGGAUGUCAUCGACACCUUUGUUGUCAACGUGGCUAUACACAAGCGUAGAACCAAGCUGGGGAAGAUGCUCCAUGGUCUUGAGCAUGCAAAGUUGCUCCAUGAUGUGGCUGAGAAAAUAGACAGCAUCAAAGCCACUGUCAAUGAUAUAAGAGAUAACAAGAUCAAGCUCACCGAUGUCGUCCCACAAGAAAGUGGAUCAUCGACGUCAACAAGAGAAGAGGAGGAGAGGGUUCUGUUGAUGCACAAGAAGAGAAGAAUUGUGGAAGAACAUGAUGUAGUUGGUUUUGUUCGUGAAUCCAAGGCAGUCAUCCAGCGGCUUAAGGAAGAGAGUUCCCAAAGCAAUGUUGUCUCCAUCAUCGGUAUGGGUGGCUUGGGCAAAACCACCCUUGCCCGGAAGGUCUAUAACAGCGGUGAGUUGAAGCCAUAUUUCAAAUGUCGUACAUGGGUUUAUGUGUCAAAUGACUGCAGAGUUAAGGACCUCUUGAUUAGCCUUAUCAAGUCUUUGAUGCCUAACCUUGAACACGAGCAUGGGAGGAAAAAGAAGGGAAAGAAACAAAAGGGAACAGAGAAACCAGGUGAUCUCUCUAGCUUGGAUGUGGAUAAGCUAAAGCUCAUGGUGCGAGAUUUCUUGACCAUGAAAAGGUAUCUGAUAGUCCUUGAUGACCUCUGGAAGACUCAAGAUUGGGAUGAGAUACAAGAUGCUUUUCCAAACGACAAUAAUGGUAGUAAAAUAUUAAUUACUAGCCGUUUGAAAGAGGUGGCAUCCCAUACAAGUCCAUAUCCUCCUUAUUACCUUCAAUUCCUCAGCGAUGAUGAAAGUUGGGAACUCUUUUCCAGGAGAGUGUUUCGAGGAGAAGAGUGUCCUUCUGAUAUAGAGGAUCUUGGAAAACAAAUGGUUAAAAGUUGUGGCGGUUUGCCACUCUCCAUUGUUGUUUUGGCAGGGUUACUUGCAAACAAGAGGAAGUCACACGAGGAAUGGUCCAAAGUUGAGGGACAUGUCAACUGGUUUCUUACUCAAGAAGAUAAGACCCAAGUCAAGGACAUACUCAAACUCAGCUACGACAACUUGCCUACAAAACUAAAGCCGUGCUUUCUGUAUUUCGGGAUCUACCCUGAAGAUUUUGAGAUACCUGUAAGGUCAUUGCUGCAAAAAUGGGUGGCUGAGGGAUUUAUUCGACAAACUGGGACCAGAAAUGCAGAGGAUGUUGCUGAAGAUUACUUGUAUGAGCUCAUUGAUCGUAGCUUGGUUCAAGCAUCGCGAGUGAAUGUUAAUGGAGAUGUGAAGGCAUGUCGCGUCCAUGAUCUUCUUCGAGAUCUUUGCAUAUCUGAGAGCAAAGAGGACAAGCUUUUUGAGGUUUGCACAAAUAAUAACAUUUUGGAGAGAUCAAAACCUCGCAGGCUUUCUAUCCAAUGUGGCAUGCAUCGCUAUGUUUCUUCAAGCGACAAUGACCAUUCAUGUGUCCGAUCUUUGUUUUGCCUUGACCCAACAAGGUAUGUUUUUACUCCCAGUGAGAUGAAAUGGCUCUUUAAAUUGUUCAAAUUGGUUCGGGUAUUAGAUCUUGGAGAAAACUUUUUCCGCAAAGUCCCUUCCAACUUGGGCUUAUUUAUCCAUUUAAGGUAUUUAAGAAUACGCUCAGAAGGUGAUUCCUUCAGCUUCAAGGUUCCGGAUUCUAUAUGCACACUUCAAAAUUUACAAACUUUGGAAAUAUACAGUGUUAAGCCGAUAUUUUUGGUCAUUGGAUUGAUAUUUUCAACAUAUUUGCCCAGUGGAUUAUGGAACAUGAAACAACUUAGGCAUUUGAAUACUAAUGGAAGCAUCAUCCUACAUGGCCACCAUCGUUCAAAAGCAGGUGAUCAAGUUAUGUGGAAUCUUGAAAGCAUGUACUACAUUAAAUUCAAUAGACAGAUUGCACACAUGUUAGAGAAAGGAAGCUUUCCCAAGCUACGAAAGUUGGGUCUGCACAUAUCCUCAGUCCAGAAAAAUAAUGUGCAUGAGUUGUUGUCAAGCCUACAACGUUUAAUUCAUCUAAACAAGUUACAAAUUUCCAUUAAAUGGAAGAAAACACGGCGCGGAAUGCCCUUAAACUACAAGCAGCACAUGGAAUGGCACGUCGGGGUCAAGCCAAUUGAAUUGUUACAGAGCCUGCAGCAGUUGUCAAAUCUGAGCACAUUAAAAGUUCUCAGAGCUUUCGACAUUGCAACGUGUGAUAUUGCAUUUCCUCCAUUCAUUACAAAAUUAACGUUGACAGGCAUUAGCUUCAUGAAUGAUGAUGGGAUGAAUGCCAUUGUUUCCCACAGCUCCAUGUUUUUGAGAUGGAGUGGCUGAAUGUUGAUAACUGGAAAUUAGGCAAUGGUGCAAUGCCAUGCCUUCAAACUCUGCUUAUCAAUGUCUGUAAAAGAUUGGACGAUCUCCCAGAUGAACUGUGGUCUUUGACUUCCCUGAGACAAGUAAAAGUUCUGACACCCUCCCCAGCAUUGUGUCUUGCACUAGAAAAGUUGGAAAUGAAGAAUGGAUGUGAGCUCGUAAUCGAAUAGUUUUAACUUUAGAAUUUAGAGAUUAGAGUUGUUGAGUUUUGCUCAAAAUAUAUGUACUCUAAGUUCUUCAUACUUUAUCACCACUGAAUCAUUAUUCUUCAGGACAAGUAUUGCUAUUCAGUUUCAUUAGCAGAGUCAUGCUAAUGUUUUCAGGCUUGACAACGGCACCAGUUGUGACUUGUGAGUCAAUUGGAGUUAUUUGUGUUAAUAUAUCAUAUCAUCGCUGUUCCAUC